AUGUCGACUACCUCGUCACCUUUCACUCGGGCGGUUGUGAGCUCUAUGAAGAAGCUCUAUCCGGAGUCAUUAGCAGACAAGAGCUUUGACAACACUGGCUUGCUUCUGGAAGCUCCCUUCCAUCCGGCUCGGCGGCAAAAGAAUUCAGUGCUUCUGACCAUUGAUCUCACAAAGGCUGUGGCAGAUGAAGCUAUCAAGCGGAAGGAUUCAGUGGUUGUGGCCUACCACCCCAUCAUCUUUCGAGGACUGAAGUCUCUCACUCUCAAUGACACACAGCAACAGACACUGCUGCGGCUCGCCUCGGAGGGCAUCAGCGUGUACUCUCCGCAUACAGCUGUGGAUGCUACCCCCGGUGGGAUGGCAGACUGGCUUUGCGAUGUCGUUACCGGCGCAAUUGCUCCAUCCACCGACUCGUCUCCCUCUCUCGCUGCGUCCACCUCCCAACACUACUCCCAGCCAACGUAUCCCCAACCUCGGCCAGCAUCCGUAUCCCCCUCCUCCGCAUCCCCCCACGUCCGAAGCACAAUCCAUCCAUCUCCAUCCCCAGUCCCUGAAGGUAUGGAAUCAGCCGGUAUGGGCCGUCUCGUUACCUUCGAGACUCCCCAGCCUCUCACCACCAUCGUCGACCGCAUAGCACAAGGCGUCGGCCACCCGGGCGGUAUCCCGAUCGCGAUCCCACAGACUGUCCCGGUCGACUUAAUUAAGAUCCGCACCAUCGGCAUCUGCCCGGGUUCUGGAUCUAGUAUCCUUAUGAGUUCUGGCAGCCUGCCAGAUCUUCUGUUCACAGGCGAGUUGAGUCACCAUGAAGCGCUGUCGGCCAUUGAGCGUGGCUCGGUUGUUAUUGCGCUCGCGCAUUCCAAUACCGAAAGGGGAUACUUGCAUGCCGUCAUGCGUCAGAAGCUAGCCGCUACCCUCAAGGAGGAAUGGGAGGCCCAGCGCGAAGAAGGGCGGAAGGCUCUAGAAGAGACUUUCAGGCAAGGAGGAGCAAGCGUGCUCGGGAGUUACGAGGAGGUCUACAAGGACCCUAGUUGCGCUGUCGACGUAAGUGAACGUGAUCGGGACCCUUACGGUAUUAUGAUCCGACGGGUGUGA